GAGGGUCAAAAUAGCGAAUGAACUUGAAAAUUUUAGCGGGGUUAACGUAACUGUUUUAUGUCUGGCUGGUGGUUACGGAAUCCAGAAGCGUGGAAAGGAACACAACGGUUUUGCCAUCCAUUACCAAACCUAUUCUGCUUCCUCUCUUCCUCCUCUCCGUUCUCUCUUUCUCCGGUCACUCGCCGGUGACAAGAAUGCAGAGAACGGGCUGAGACGCUGCGUUUAGGAGUGCUAAGUGCGUUUCGCGUGGAUGACGAAGAUGAGAGACAGAGCGUCCAUGGCGGACGCCAGAGAGGAGCGGGGGAACGUUGCACUUUCAAAUGCCGAGGAAGAGAGGAUCUUCGUUUCGAUCAGAGUAAGACCUUUGAACGAGAGAGAAAGAGCGAGGCACGAUGUGUCUGAUUGGGAAUGCAUUUCUACCAACACCAUCAAAUUCAAGAACAACGGCCAUGCAGAGCAGCGACCUCUGUCAAUGGAUACAUAUACCUUUGACAGGGUGUUUGGGGAAAAGUGCAAGACAAAGCAGGUGUAUGAACAAGGGAUUAAGGACGUUGCCCUUUCUGUGGUUAGGGGUGUCAACUCUAGCAUUUUCGCAUACGGGCAAACAAGUAGUGGAAAGACGCACACAAUGACUGGCAUUACUGAAUAUGCAGUAAGGGACAUAUAUGAAUACAUGGAGAAGCAAAAAGACAGAGAAUUUGUAGUCAAGUUCUCUUCCAUGGAGAUCUAUAAUGAAGCUGUUAGAGAUCUUCUCAAUGCAGGUUCUACUUCACUGAGAAUUCUGGAUGAUCCAGAGAAAGGAACAGUUGUGGAGAAACUUACAGAAGAGACACUGACAGAUAGGGGACAGUUACAGCAACUCCUUUCGAUAUGUGCAGCUGAAAGGACAACGGAAGAGACAGCGAUGAACGAAGCUAGCUCCAGAUCUCACCAAAUUAUUCGAUUGACAGUUGAAAGCAAUCCUCGUGAUUAUGUAGACGCCGCAAGAUCUGGAGCUCUAUUCGCCAGUGUGAAUUUUGUUGAUCUAGCAGGAAGUGAACGUGCUUCUCAAACAUUGUCAGCUGGCACAAGAUUGAGAGAAGGUAGCCACAUAAAUCGUAGUUUACUGAGCCUUGGAACUGUAAUCCGGAAACUAAGCAAGGGAAGAAAUGAACACGUACCUUACAGAGACUCUAAGCUUACUCGCAUUUUACAGAACUCCUUAGGUGGCAAUGCCAGAACAGCGAUCAUUUGUACCAUUAGUCCUGCAAGGAGCCAGAGUGAGCAAUCAAGAAAUACUCUGCUUUUCGCUGGUUGCGCAAAACAAGUGACUACUAAUGCUCGGGUCAAUCAAGUGAAGUCAGACAAGGCUUUGGUAAAACAACUGCAAAAGGAAUUGGCCAGAUUGGAGAAUGAGUUAAGGAACUACACCCCAAAUACCAUCUUACUCAAGGAGAAAGAACUCCAAAUUCAAAAGAUGGAAAAUGUGAUCAAAGAGUUGACUCGGGAACGUGAUCUCUUUCAAUCUUCUGCUCAAAAUAAGCUCCAGUCUGCUGAAAAAGAUCAACCUAUAAGAGUAGGCAAAGAUUCAGCCUCGGGAUUGUCAGGAGCUAAUAAUUUCCUUCGCAGGAUGGACAGCGCAUCUGAGAAUCUUGACAUAACAACAUCUAGUUUACAGCAUACUGGAAAUUCUGAUGACGACUUUCUUUUGGAUGGCAAUUCUCCAACGUUUGUUGGGCCUGAUCCGUGUCAGGGUUGGGAGGAGAUGGCCAGCAGAGCUGCUGCACCUGAAGAUGACUGCAAGGAAGUUCCAUGUAUUGAAGUAAAAGAAGUGGAAAUAGACCACAAAAUAGAUGCUAAAUCAUCCUCAGGGAAUGAGCAUUGCGAGUUAAAUCCUGCUGUCGUAGAUAAUACCAACAACCUUAUUGUGGACCUCCUAAAGGAAUCCAAUGGGUCUUCUACUCAAAUAGAUAAGGUGGAUCAGGAAUCUUCAAAACAUCCUCACAUAAGUAAUUUGCAGCAGAAACCUGCCACACCUCAACUCAAGGAGCCGGAAAAGGUAUCCCGCACAUUGCCAACUGAGGUUGAAAGGAGUAACUCUAAUAGUUCGGUUUGCUAUGAGGACAAGCUACCCAAAUCAAAGUUACAAGCCAUAGAAAGAAAUUCUUCCCGAGAAAGAUCUUUAAGUCAAGAGAUGAAUACUUCAGUUGAAGACGUAGAAUCCCUUUGGGAUUCUGAUGUGGAGGAUACUGCCAGCAUCCUAAAUUUUGUUGUAGGGAUGAACGAAAUGGCUAGGCAAAAGUCGCUGGACGAGGACAUGGAUGAUAUUAUGGUACGAGCAAGAACAUCUGGAACCGAUAAACGUGUGAACAGAGUCAGAGGUGUCAGUUUCAGCGGAACUCCGGGGCCUUGGAAUUUUGAGACGCAGCUAAGAGAUACGAUUCAACUUUGGGAUGCAUGUAAUAUACCCUUGGUACAUAGAUCCUACUUUUUUCUUCUCAUCAAAGGCGAAAUUUCGGAUGCAGUGUACUUUGAUGUAGAACUCAGACGUUUGUCUUUCCUAAAGGACACGUUUUUUAACGCAACAAACAGUACAGCACAUGGUUCGGAUGUCACACCUAAUUCAAGUUUGAUGGCACUGAAUCGUGAGAGGAAAAUGCUAAGCAAGCAAGUGCAUAAGAAGUUUUCGUGGAAGGAAAGAAACGAACUUUACGUGAAGUGGGGUGUGGACUUGAAAUCUAAGCACAGAAGUGUACAGUUGGCAUGGUGCUUAUGGACGAAUACAAAAGACUUGAACCACGUAAGGGAAAGUGCUGCACUUGUUGCGAAGCUGGUUGGUUUUAUAAACUCGGGUGAUGCCUCAAGGAAAAUAUUUGGAUUAAGCUUCUUAUCCCGCUGGAAGCCCUAGAAAUCCCAUACUCCCAAUCAUCUCAAUUUUUUCUUUCCCUCUUCCCACUCACAUCUGACAAAACCAUGAAUAGUGGGAUACCAAAAAAAAAGAAACAUCAUUUGUAAGAAAUCCCGAUGAUACCUCCUUCAGCAAAAGAAAUUGAAAUGAUACCAAUAAUAUUUAUGGAAAAAAGAAAAAUGAAAAAUGAGACCAGUGAUAACAUGGAAA